GCCAUCCAAAGUUUUUACUUUUUAAUUAAAAGUUAAAGAACUUGUUCAUACAACCGGCCACCUUAUAAUCGGCCGCAUCACAGAUUACAGAGUCAUGCCGCCGUUGAUAGGGUAAAUAUCGACCGGGGAAAAUACUUCGAAUUCCGUAUUAUCAUCUUCUGUGCAUUUCAGUCGUCGUCGCCUGCUAGAUAGAGACCCAUGGAGUAUCGAAACAAGCUGGUCUUGGCCCCGAUGGUCCGAAUAGUUGCUGGCGGCUGACUAUGGUGCAGACAUAACAUAUGGGGAGGAGAUCAUUGAUCACAAACUGCUCAAAUGUGAGCGCCAUGUCAAUGAUUUAUUGGGUACAAUUGACUUUGUGGAAAAGGGAACAGGAAGUGUUGUUUUCAGAACAUGCUCUGAAGAAAAAAGCAGGGUCGUAUUUCAAAUGGGCACUUCCGAUGCUGUGAGGGCUCUUAGUGCUGCUCAGAUGGUCUGUAAGGAUGUUGCUGCAGUGGAUAUCAACAUGGGUUGCCCUAAAUCUUUUUCUAUCUCUGGAGGAAUGGGUGCUGCACUGCUGACUAAACCAGAACUCAUUCAUGAUAUAUUGACAACAUUGAGAAGGAACUUAGAUACACCUGUGACCUGCAAGAUCCGUUUGUUGAAAUGCUCACAAGACACUGUAGAGUUGGCAAGACAAAUUGAAAAAACUGGAAUAUCUGCCCUUGCUGUUCAUGGAAGGAAAGUUCCAGAUAGACCAAGAGAUCCGGCGAAGUGGAGUGAGAUUUCUGAUAUCGUUUCAGCAAUAUCUAUACCAGUUAUUGCAAAUGGCGAUGUUUUUGAGUAUGAUGAUUUUCAAAGAAUCAAAGAUGCAACUGCUAUGGAAGCCAGUAGGUGGACCACAACAGGACACAGAAGGGUUGUGCUUGUCGGUGCAAAUGGGUGUAAAGGUGCAUCAUCUGUGAUGGUUGCUAGGGGAGCAAUGUGGAAUGCUUCUCUGUUCUCGCCUAAUGGAAAAGUACCCUGGGAUGAUGUGAAAAGAGAGUACGUGAGAAAGAGUAUCUUGUGGGAUAAUGACAUUAAAAGCACAAAACAUACACUGAAGGAGAUGAUAAUGCAUCAUUCUUGCCUUGAACUUCUCGAGGGAAAGGCUGUCAUCAGAUCAGAAACAUUUGAACAUCUGGCGAAGUUCUAUGGGGAAGAAAGCUAUUAUCAACAUGUUAUGCGGAACAGGUGUGCUUUUAGGGGAAGCAGAUGACACUGAUUUUGUUGGGAUUUUAAGAGAACAAAAAUGUAUUUUUGGUAAAUUAGAGCUGUACCCGCACAGGUAGCUCAGUUGGUCCAGUGAUCGAAAAUUUGGAAGAAUGAUCAAGGAUCGAAACCCGCAGUGAUCGUGUGGAGGUUACAGUUCCUGCGUGCUGGACUGGACCUCUGGUGCGCACGGGUAUAAGUUCUACCAUCAUUGGGUCGACUGAGUCACCGUGACUUACUCCUCCACCAUUCUGUCGGGUCAGAAUGUGUGGCUCCUUGAGUGGGAGAUUCCACCUUUUGGAACAAAGGUAAAUUAGAGUCGUGCUAUAGGUAUCUCCUAUGAAGCACGGAUACUUCACUUGGGUGUCAUAUCGGCGUAUCGGAAACGAUCACGUAUCUGAUACUCUAGGAUACCCAAACCGUACGUUCCUGGGCCGUAUCUGUAAUUUUUAAAAGUUUUCAUUUUUUUGGUAAUUAUUUUAAACUUCGGAUACUCGUAUCCUGACGGAUCAGAU